AUGCAAAGACCCAUUCCGACGACACCUUUCUCCUUCUCGCCGUUUGAUCGAUUCCAUAAUGAGAUUCUCCCUCGCUUCCACCCUCCUCGCCGCGACGGCGCAGGCCGCGCCUCAAUUUUUAUUGGAACCCCUGUCUCCACUGUCCCGAUUCUCUCCGCCGUGCGAUUUGCCCGUGUCAUCCCCGUCGUCGUCGGUGGACCCCAGGACACCUUCGUCCCCAACGUCGUCGCUGCCUCGCCCGGAGACAUCAUCCAGUUCCAGUUCAGCUCCGGCAACCACACGGUAACCCAGAGCACCGCCGAAGCUCCCUGCCAACCCCUGCAGGCGGCCCUUCCCGGCGCGGUGCACAGCGGUCACAUCCCCUUUGUGGAAGGUCAGCAGACUGUCGGCGUCUUCAACAUGUUUGUGACCAACACCAACACCAUGUUCCUCUACUGUGCGACGGGACCUCAUUGCCGAAACGGCCAGGUCAUGGUUGUCAACCCGCUCACCACCGAUCAGGUCGUUGCCAUGAACAAGGUAGCAGCGGGAACCGCAGCGAGUACCGACGGGACCACGGUGCAGGGAGGCGUAGUCGGCGAGAUCCCCCUCGCUUCCGCGGCGUUUAUCAUUCCGACUAAUACGGGCGGCCCCCUGGUGGCGGUGCCGCCCCGCCGCUCCCGCCGCGCCCUCUGCGGCGCCCUCUGCUCUGCCAUCAUCCAUCCCUGGGGCGAACGGUACGACGAUUCCGUUGAUUGGAACGGUUGGCCAGGCGCCACCGACCCCGUGUGGGUGCACAAGCACCCCUUCGACGACCACCCGCGCUUCUCCCCGCUGCGCUCCGACACCAAGACGGACGUGUGCGUCGUAGGCGCCGGCAUCGCGGGUAUCUCCCUCGCUUAUGAAUUGGUGUCGCGCGGGCGCGACGUUGUUCUUCUCGAGGCCCGCGAGGUCCUCUCGGGCGAAACGGGCCGGACGAGCGGCCACCUGUCCAAUGCCUUGGACGACCACUACACUGCGCUUCGCGCGAAGCACGGCGCCGAGGGCGCUCAGGCCGCUGCGGAUAGCCACACGUGGGCGCUUCAUCGUGUCGGGGAUAUCGCCAAGGAGCUUGGUAUUGCGUGCGAGUACCGCCACGUUGAUGCUUACGAGAUUUCGCAGUACCCGCGCGGCGAUGAACGACGUGAUCGGGAUAUGCUUGAUUUGCGUCGCGAGGCCGAGGUUGCCCGGAAGCUUGGGUUGAGUGUCUCGUUUCGCGAUGAUUUGGCCGUCCGUGGCUGGAAUAGUGGGCCUGACCAGCGAGGGGGAACUGCUUUUGCCAACCAGGCUGCCUUCCACCCGACGUUGUAUCUCACCGGCAUCCUGCAGUGGUUGCAGUCGCAGCCCAACUUUCAGUGCUUCACCAAUACGAGAGUCAUGUCCGUGCAAGAGACGAGCAGCGGCCUCCUCGGCACGGGCGAGAAGAGCGUCAAGGUUGAGACUGCAGAUGGUUUCUCCGUCGAAUGCGCCUAUGCGGCCGAGACUACGCUUAUCCCGCUGCAGAAGCUUAGUGUUGUCGGUGAGAUGGCGUACCUUCGUACCUACGCGCUCGCCAUCCGCGUGCCAAAGGGGUCCGUUGAGGACUGCUUCAUCUACGAUUCUGCUGAACCUUACAAGUACGUGCGUUUGACGGAGUGUGACGAUCGUGAUGACUACUUGAUCAUUGGCGGCUGCGAUCAUAGAGUCGGGCAGGAUACCCCCGAGGGAAGGUACGCCGAGCUGGAAGACUGGGUGCGAGAGCGCUUCACCAAGGCCGGGUCGGUUGAUUACAGAUGGAGCGGGCAGAUAAACGAGCCCGUCGACUACGUCGGCUUCAUUGGCAAGAACCAAGGGUGCGAGAGGGUCUACGUGGCGACGGGUGAUUCCGGCAACGGUCUCACACACGGCGUGAUCGCCGGCAAGCUGAUUGCCGACAGCAUCGAUGGCAAGACUAACGAGUGGACCCGCCUAUACGAUCCUAAGCGCCUUGUCUCCAUCGCCAAAUCCGCCCCGACUGUGGUGCAAAACGUGUUGGCUAUCAACAAAGAGUACAAGCGCUUCCUACAAUCCGACAUCGCCGACAUCGAGGACCUCGCCCCCGGGUGCGGCGGCGUGCUGAACCCGACUUUUGAAAAGCCUGUAGCUGUGUACAAGGAUGAGGCGGGCAACGUGACGAAGAUGAGCGCGCUGUGUCCGCACAUGAAGGGUGUUGUGUGCUGGAAUCCUGGUGAGAAGACGUUUGAUUGCCCCGUUCACGGGAGUCGGUUUAGUAAUGAGGGAGAGUGUCUCACCGGGCCGGCUAAGGCGGGUCUACAGUCCGUGGAGUAA